AUGGAGGGCGUUUCAUCAUUGCAUUCGUUUCUAAAGAACAAGAGAUUCGAUUUCUACAAAUUGAAGAAAGAUGGAAUAGCUCCAGAGGAUUUCACUGCCCUGUUUCUACCAAUUUGUCGUAGUGGUAGAAUCGAUAGAUGGAUCACAUUUCAUGGCUUCUACGACAUCGCUUAUCUUCUGAAGCUGCUCAAAAUCAAAUCCAUACCAAUUUCCAUGGCAAUGUUUGCAGCCACCGCUCAGCAUCUAUUAGGUACUGUCACUGAUUUGAAGCAUAUGGCUCGCUAUUGCGAUGGAUUGCUCGACAGCGACCUAGGGCUAAAAAAGUUGGCAAAGCUACUCGACGUGAAACGAAUAGGCAUAGCACAUUUUGCCGGUUCUGAUAGUUUACUCACCGCUGCAGUAUACACCUAG